ACACUUAAUUGAUUGUAAAAUAAAAUGUCUGAAUGACUGUGUGUUUUGAGGUGAAAUAUCUCAUACAUUUUCUCACUUUUGAGAAGGGGAGAGGUCCAGUUUAGAAGAUUUAUUAAAACGGUCUUCUUAUAUAUUUGUGAGUGUCCUCUAAACCCAAACGAUGCCUGUCACGAGUAAUUUUACACCGAUCUAAAUCCGUUGUGGUGGGGGUUUCGAUCAGCUGUUCCACAACAGUUUUUAACAAAAAUAAUAUUUUGUUUCACAAGACCAUUUUCUUUUUUAUUUGAUUACUUAACCGUUUCCCAAUGGACCGUUUACCAGAUUAUCUACGCGACACCAUGGAUUGGUUUAUAGGGUCUGUUGUUCUAUUUAAUAGAAAAACAAGAAGAAGAGAGAAAGAAGGACAAGACACAUCCUCCACGGCAGAUUCCAAACUUUAUCUCGAAGCCACCGUUUUAGAAAGAAAAUUGCCGGAGAUGGAUAUGAGAAUUUUAGUUGACUUACCUGCUGGACUAGACUAUAAUGAAUGGCUGGCCUCACAUACUAUGGCCCUAUUUGAUCAUGUGAAUCUGGUCUACGGAACAAUUAGUGAAUUUUGCACCACAAGCACUUGUCCUGAUAUGACUGGUCCCGGACAAAGGACUUACCUGUGGUUCGAUGAGAAAGGGAAGAAAACCAAAGUGGCCGCCCCCCAAUACAUUGAUUAUGUGAUGACCUUCAUACAGAAAACCAUUAGCGACGAGACUAUAUUUCCUACCAAAUAUGCGAACGAAUUUCCCGUCUCGUUCGAAUCGAUAGUCAGGAAAAUAGUGAGGCUGCUGUUCCACGUGGUGGCUCACUUGUACGCCGCCCAUUUCAAAGAGGUGGUGAUGCUGGGUCUGCACUCGCACUUAAACCAAACGUUCGCCCACCUGAUGGCGCUCCACAACAGGUUCGCCCUGAUCGAUCCCAAAGAAACCGACAUCCUGCACGAUCUGGAGGUCGCGCUGGGUCUGAAUGAGGACCCGCCACCCGAAACCUCUUCGAAUAAUAAUGAGGCUGAAAAUGGGGUCGAAAAGGCCACCGGUGACGAAGAGAGUGGCGACAAUAAAUCCUAAGGAGCCGACGAAUACAAAUGAAGAGAGAAAAAAAAGAACAUAGAUUUUAAAAAAUAUAAUUAUUUUAAUGUGAUUUAAGUAUAAUUACUACAGUUUAUUGUUGUAGAUAGCGAAUGUGAUGUCUCAAGACACGAUAGUGAAUUAUUUUUCUAUAGCGAAAAAAGCGUUAAUUUUAUUAUUUAUUAUUAUACAAACACGUUUUUAUUUAAUUUUAAUUCUUCUUGGGUGAUUCUUUGUAGCUUUUAAACCUCUUAUCCUGUUUGUGAUGCUUUUUACCCGCGGCCCUCCUUCCCCCCCGAUCUGUCUUUGCGACAAGUCAUCCUUUAUGGUGUUUCAAGUACUUUAUUGUACAGUGUUAUUAUUGUUCCUCAUAAUAAAUAAAAUACAAAUCUGACGCGGACCUUGUAUAUAUUUGUAUAUUAUUGAUUAUUUUAGUUUGUUAUUUUUAGAAUUACGGUAAUUUAAAUGUAUUUGAACGCUAUUAGAAUACCUAUAGCAGAUUGUUGAACAAAGUGAUUUGAAUAAAUCAUUCAAAUGUUUAAUUUU